CAGAGAAACGGAAGAGGGUGAAAAUCAAAGAGUGCUUCACUAUGAGCCCCUCAAACCACUUGUUAACCCAGAUGAAAUACAGACUACCAUUUCUCCACUCAAAAUAUGUUUAGCUGCAGAAGAUAUUGUCAAUACCAUGCUGACAAGUUUUGGCCUUUCAAAUCAAACAUCACACACUACUGAAAAUACGGAAACCAUGAAGCCGUUUUUUAUAUCAAAGGAAAGCCUUCACUGCCUAACAUCUGAACAACUAAAGAAUGAGAAAAGCCUGCUUAAAAUAUGGGAAAAAAGAAACAGCUAUGGAACUGAAGAAGAAAACAAAGGCCUUGUGGCAAGUGGAGAAGAUUCCGUUUUACUGGAAAAGUGGAAAAAUAAGUACCUGAAGUUAGAGAAAACUCUUGAAGAGCCUGGAGUCAUUGCUUUUGCUGAUCGGGAACUGGGACCACAUGAAGUCCACCUAGUAGCAAGAUAUGUUACUACAUCAGUGGUCACACAUUUCAACAACUUUGAAACCAGAGACGGAGUGUUUAGUUAGAACUGGACACAGCAUUGAAACAUUGAGAAGAGCAUCAAUAAGUGGGAAGAAUUACUCAACUGAGAUACCUGUUGCAGGAAACAGAAAGAAAGAAAAACGCGUUUCUUUGGAUCAGAUGGGACGACUGAAUGUAAAGCCUUUAGAGACUUCUAGUAGGAAUUCAUUUCAGAGUUUAAUAAAGCCCGACAUCACCAAAGUGGAGCUUUUAAAAGAUGUCCAAAGCAAAAAAGAUCUUAUCAUUCGGUUAAUAACUCAUGAUAUUAGUCAAGAAAAUUUAGAAAGGAAAGAAGAAAGCUUAGCUUCUGAUGAAGAUGAAGUUGUUUUACAAGAGGUUGUUAAAGAAGAAGAAGAAUUUCCAGAAAACUCACUCGAAGAUCAAGUAAAAGAAGACAUGAAGCUCGCUACCAGCACAGUGGCUCACCCUAAGCCACCAAUUAGCAAAUGCAGUCUGAAAAAACUUUUGUCAGUAGGAAAAUGUCAGCCCAAAUCCAGUGUAACUAUAAUUACUGAAGGGUCACGGGCAAAACAGAUGGAAUCUGAACAGACACUAAUGAGAACUGUUUCUAACACUGAUGUAACUACCUCAGAAUGCUUGACUGACACAAACUCGCCUUGGGAGAAAAAGACACAACUGAGCGAAACAGAAAUGAGAUCUAGCACCGAACCAACACAUCACUUCAUCCAUAGAAUGAUGAGUGCAUCUUCAUAUAAUGAAGAAGAUCUGCCUUCAUUUUCUAGUUUUGAUGACGAACGUCUGUCAGAUCCAAGUGCCAAAGUUACAGAAGAGAGUCUUGAAUGUCCACCUCUGGAGAAUUUGAGCAGUCUUAAGUUUAUCACCCACUAUCAACGCAGAAGUAACCUGACCAGCCAAUAUCCCUCAAACGAUGACACUUCAGACUUUGAAAAGCACCAUACUUCUUCGAGACAGGGGUCUGAAAUGAUGAGGAAGAUAUCAUCAGCUUUCUUGAAAGUGUUUUCAAGAUCUAACACCAGUGUUCCGAAACCUUCCUCACCCUCACCCCCUCACCAGGACAGAAAGUGA